UUGGAGGGGUUUUCAAGGUUAGGGAUGAGCUUCAUCUUUAGUUUUUUCAAAAAUGUCUUUUUAAGAAUGUUACAACUCAUUUGGUUUGGAAAAAAGAAAAUUGAUAAUUCGCUAAGCAUUUACGUAAAAACCAAUACUGGUAAUACAUUGGCUGUCGAUUUGGAUCCGAAAUGGGAUAUACGAAAUGUGAAAGAAAUCGUCGCUCCCAAGAUGGGCAUCUCACCAGACGACAUAAAAAUCAUUUUCGCUGGAAAAGAGCUCCACAAUUCCACGGUAAUUGAGGAAUGUGACUUGGGUCAGCAGAGUAUUUUGCACGCAGUUCGCACUCCGAGGCGUUUAGAUAUAAACAAUGUCUCCAAAAAUACGAUAAAGGAGUCGACAUCUGAAUCUGACUUGGAUGAAAGCUCUGGUAGCAAACCUAUGAAUGAGACACUCUCAGAUUUGUCACUGGAUGAAUUCACGACAAAAGAAACAAAAGUGGUAAACAUCUCGAAUUUAAUAACUCGCACACAGAGCAGUAAAGCUCACUUUUACGUAUACUGCUCGAAUCCCUGCACAAAGGUUCAAGUUGGUAAACUGAGGGUCCGCUGUGCAGAUUGUAAGAGUGGAGCUGUCACUGUAGAUAGAGAUCCUCAAUCUUGGCCAGAUGUUUUGUUACCUAAAAGAAUUACAGUAAAUUGCGAGAACCAAUUUUGUGAAAAUUUAGUUUCACCUGAUGGAGAUACUGAGUCACAAGUUCACUAUGCUCGAUUUUUUUUCAAAUGUGCAAAUCAUAUAAGCUUGGGAGAAACUGAUGAAGCUGUUCCAUUAAAUUUAAUUAAACCUAAUCUUGCUAAAAUUCCUUGUUUGGCUUGUACUGAUGUUAAGGAUACAGUUUUAGUAUUUCCAUGUGAAGCUGGACACGUCACUUGUUUAGAUUGCUUUUGCAAUUAUUGCUUAGUUCGUUUACAAGAACGCCAAUUUCUUUUUGAUGAUAAAACCGGAUAUUACACUCUGUCGUGUCCAGCAGGUUGUGAAAAUUCUUGCAUUCGUGAAAUUCAUCACUUUCGUCUUUUAACAACUGAACAGUACGAUCGUUAUCAACUUUUCGGAACAGAAGAGUAUGUCUUAAAAUCUGGAGGAUUGUUAUGUCCUCAGCCUGAUUGUGGAAUGGGUAUUAUUCCACCUAGUUCUGAUAGUGGAGCAAGUGAAGAAGAAUGUCGGAAAAUUCAAUGUAUUGGAGGUUGUGGAUAUGUUUUUUGCAGAAAAUGCUUGCAAGGUUUUCAUCUUGGUGACUGUGAAAACCAGCCCACCUCAUCAAAUUUUAAUACUAGUCAUGGCAGUUACGUAGUGGACCCUUUAAAGGCUAACGAUGCCAAGUGGGACGAGGCUAGUAAAAAGACGAUAAAAGUAUCAACAAAGCCUUGCCCAAAGUGUCGAACCCCAACGGAACGAGACGGUGGCUGCAUGCACAUGAUCUGCACGCGAGCAGGUUGCGGCUUUCAGUGGUGCUGGGUGUGCCAAGCACCCUGGACUCGCGACUGCAUGGGUAACCACUGGUUCGGAUGAUUUGGCGAAUCACUAAAGGGCCACACUACGCAGAUUGGUAGGUCGCUGUUGUUGUUGUUGUUACUGUUGUUGGCGAGAGAGACAGAGUUCGGUGGGUUUUUAUAUACGUGGUUGAAUAUUUUUUCUAGACGAACUUACACGUAUUUUUACAAAUGUACACAUUUACAUACAUACGUAUUUCAAUGCAAAUAUUUAUAUUUGCGAUAAUGAGUUGAGGUGUACUUACAAUAUAUUUAUUAACAGCAUAUUUGAAUUUUAGAUCGAAUAAAAAUUUUUACACGGAUAA